ACUUUUUUUCUCCCUUUAUAUAGACUUUGAUGAUUCGAGACUGGUGGAUGUGUAUGAUCAUCAGUGUAAUGUUUGAGUUCCUGGAGUACAGCCUGGAACACCAGCUUCCAAACUUCAGUGAAUGUUGGUGGGAUCACUGGAUAAUGGAUGUGAUCUUAUGUAAUGGAUUAGGAAUUUACUGUGGGAUGAAGACCCUCUCUUGGCUUUCUUUGAAAACGUACAAAUGGCAAGGACUUUGGAACAUUCCUACAUACAAAGGUAAAAUGAAGAGAAUUGUCUUCCAGUUCACCCCGUAUAGCUGGGUCAAAUUUGAGUGGAAGCCAGCGUCCAGCUUACGCAGAUGGCUAGCAGUCUGUGGCAUAAUCUUUGUAUUUUUAUUGGCAGAGCUGAACACAUUUUACUUGAAGUUUGUCCUUUGGAUGCCACCAGAACACUACUUGGUCCUGUUACGACUUGUCUUUUUUGUCAAUGUGGGAGGUGUGGCUAUGAGGGAGAUCUACGACUUCAUGGACGACCCGAAGUUCCAUAAGAAACUGGGUCAGCAGGCAUGGCUGGUCGCUGCUAUUACUGCCACGGAGUUUCUGAUCGUCGUGAAGUAUGAUCCCUACACGCUCACGCUCUCUCUUCCUUUCUACAUUACCCAGUGCUGGAUCUUGGGCAUUAUACUUGUGCUCACCUGGACAGCCUGGCGGUUCUUCAUCCGUGACAUCACUUUGCGCUAUAAGGAGAUAAGGCGACAGAAGCAAGAGCACAGAUACGAAAAGGACAAAUGCUUGAGCAACGGUGAUGGACACUCAUCAAUACUGGACGAACAAAAUGGGAACAAACUAAGGGAGAGGAAACUUUGA